AUGUCCUCUCACCAUCACACAUCUUAUGUUGCCGUGAUCGGGGGAACUGGGGCCCAGGGAAUCCCGGUUGUUCGAGGCCUGGUCAAGGACAAGAAGUACAGAUGUCGGGUCAUGACCCGAGAUGUUAAUUCGUCCAGGGCCAAAGAACUCGUGGCAAUGGGAAAUGUGGAACUGAUCGAGGGCACCUUCGCCAGCGAGGAGGAUCUUCGCAAACUGUUCCGUGGCUGCGACGGAGCAUUUGUCAACAUCGACGGUUUCAACUCUGGCGAAAAGACCGAGAUCUAUUGGGCAAUCAGGGCAUACGAGCUGGCUCUCGAGGAGGGCGUCAGGUUCUACGUCUAUGGAAACCUGGAUUAUGUCUACAAAAAGAGCGGCUACGAUCCCCGCUUCCGGACCGGUCACUAUGACGGCAAGGGCAGGAUCGGGGAGUGGAUUCUCGCCCAGAACCAGGUCAACAGCCACCGCAUGGGCGUCGCAGUCUUUACCACGGGACCGUACAUCGAAAUGAGCAUCGCCAAACACACCAUCUUUACGCCCAAGGUCGAGCAUGGGAUUGUGACAUGGCGUUGCCCCGUCGGAGACGGAGCUGUGGUUCACGUCUCCCUGGACGACUGCGAGCACUAUGUUCGCUGGCUAUUCGACCAUCCAGAGCGGUCAAACGGCAUGGACCUUGAAGUUGCAAUCGAUCACAUCCACUAUGCCGACCUUGCCAAGGCGUUUGAAAAAGUCACGGGUCACCCCGCCCGAUAUAUUGACACAGAUAUGGACACCUACUGGGCGACGGGGACCGUGGCGGCCGCUGCCAACACGGGAGCAGGGUACAACUCGGACCCCAAGGAUCCCGCUUUCAUGACGUUCAAACAGAACUUCACCGGCUUCUUCACUAUGUGGACGCAUUCGGGACGCAACGAGGGUGUCAUUCGUCGAGAUUAUAAGCUCCUGGACGAGAUCCAUCCCACCAGGAUCAGGUCUGCCGAAGAGUACUUCCGAAAGGAAGACGCUCGGGGGAGGAGACUGGGACUAGGCAGUCUUUGGGACCGGUUCAGGAGAAGAACCUCAAGCCCGUGCUUAAGAUCGGUGAAGACAGGCGCAGGGGCAGACUGUAGUCGGGGGUAA